CAUGUUUGCCGCAGAGCUCUUCAUAGAUUCUCUCUGAUUUUGAGCACAGGUUUCGAACUUCCAACAGGCGAUGGCGGAAGGUUCUCACUCAGCUGAAAUUGAAGCAAGUAGUGAUGUAUCAAAUGCUAUACAAAACGACCGCACAAGCAAGGACCAGAAAAUCCUCAGAGUGCCUCGCCAACUACUUGAGGGGAUGGCGGAAGGUUCUCACUCAGCUGAAAUUGAAGCAAGUAGUGAUGUACCAAUUGCUAUACAAAACGACCGCACAAGCAAUUAAGGACCAGAAAAUCCUCAGAAUGCCUCGCCAACUACUUGAGGUUAAUAGAAAGGCCUAUGAAUC